UUAGCGACGUCUUAUACUCGACCUCGUGUAAUCGAUUUAUCUAUUAAUUUGUCAGCGGUUCCUUAAAAGUAUUCCAAAAUAAACAAAUCAAAUUGAUUUCAACUGAUUAACAUGGUACAAGAUAUUUGAAAUAUUAGUGAGGAAGAGCAAAGUGAACUUCGGAACCAUCGCGCCAAUUUAAACAUUAUUCCAAAAACAAAAUGGCUUGGGGUCUUCCAAAAUUACCUGGUUUGGCCUUCGCGGAUCCCACUAAAACUCAAUAUCACAUAAGAAGUUCGUUGCGGUACUAUCAAGGGCAUAGAUUUCCUGACACCGUCAUUCGUGGUCCAGGUGGGACCGCUACCGAUGUUGAUAGCAACGCUUUCGCACUACCAGAGGAUUCUGUAAACUAUGACCCAUCACUGACUUACGGCCGUGUUAAACAACCGGCACUACCAGCCGUUGUUCCGCACUGGGUACAUUACGAUAAAAGGUGUUUGAAUUUCACCGCAUUCUUCAAACAACCAGUAUACGACAAUCCUAAUGAAAACUACAGAGUCCGAGUGGUCAACAUAGUGUACUUCUUGGAAGAUGACACCCUUACUGUGAUGGAACCGAGAGUAAAGAAUUCCGGUCUAUGGCAAGGCAGGUUGGUGAAGAGAGGUAAGAUACCGAAGAACGACCUAGGCGACUGCUGGCAUUGGAAAGACUUGGAUGUUGGCAAGGAUAUUUGUAUCUAUGGGAAGGUGUUUCACACAGUAUCCUGUGAUUUCUUCACCAAAGAAUGGUUAGAAUCUCAAGGUUUGGAGUUAUCGAAGGAAGAAGAUCUUCCAGUGGAUGCAUUUGCGCAGAAGGAACGAUGGAAAGCAGUCCGUCCACCGCAAAAGACGAAGUCACACGAUGAUCGUCUGCGUCGCUAUUUGGAGUACGAUGGAAAAGUCUUAACGUUUGACGUGGUAUGGGACGACCGUGAAUCUGAGAAUGGUGAUUUACGUGAAUAUAAACUCCUUUAUUUCUUAGAGGAUGAUACUAUCGCUGUCAAGGAACUCCAUGAUGGUAGAGGUGGGAAAGAUCCAUUUCCUCUCCUUUUGAAGAAAACGAAGCUGCCAAAGAAAUGGACAGAAAAGCCAGUGUCUUUUCCAUCGACCGUAAUGGAGACUACGGAUGCCGAAGUAACAGAAUAUUAUGCACCAAUGGAUUUAAUUGUGGGACAGACUAUAUUUGUGCUUGGCCGUAGAUUCCUCCUCAGUGACUGCGAUAACUUUACAAGAAAUUAUUACAAGACGAUGUUAAACAUAGAUCAACCAACACGUAUAGAAGUCCAUCAUGAAACAACGAAGGAAUUUCCGAAGAGCUUACCACCUCAUAUAGGAAUAGGUUCACCAGAGGACACACUACAGUCCUGCUUCGGUCUACUACCCAAGCCCCCACAUAAAGACAUCAUUAAAUAUAAUCUCAACGCAAACAAAUAUCUUCGUUAUCUUUGUGAGCUGGACUGGAUCCACCCCGAAGACUACGGUCGUCGUUUCGUAUUAGCAUACAGUUUGGCAGACGGCACGGUGAAAAUUGGCGAGAUACCGCGCCGUAAUUCUGGUAUCCGUGAAGGAAAGUUUCUGAAGCCAAUGCGGUUGCAGAUGCCGGACUCCGAUCCUAACUUCCCCACUUACUUCACUCCGGAUAAGUUUUACAUAGGUGCAAUAGUGCCGGUAUUCAAGCAUCGCUUCAAGAUUAUCGGCUGCGACUUAUACGUAUAUCGGUACAUGAGCGCGAACCCGGAGAAAUUCCCGCCGGAGGUGAUCGAUAACGUAAGGAACUACCACAUGCGAGAAGGAAAUCUUAAGGAUGAAUUGAAGCAAGCUAUAAGCAAUGAACAGGCUGCGGAGACGAGAGCCCAGCUUGCCAAGAUCGGGCAGGCAGCAGUCGCUGAGCCUAACGCUAUGGAACGAUGUCUGAUGGCUCUCGAUGUGGUUGAAGGUAGCGCAACUCCGCCACGACCUCCAACACCGCCGAUGACCACAAAUCUUAUAUCGUAUGACGAUUCAUUGCGUGUUACUAGACAGAGUAAACCUACUUGCGAAGAAAUACAGCCGUUGAGGGGCAUACUAAGAUCGGGGACUGCUCGUGAGGACCAUCAGAAGGUGGUAUGCUUCAGCGGGCCAGCAGCGGAUGAACAUCGGGAACACCGCGAUAGACCUGACUACCUGUCGGGACAACAGCCGCAAUUUGAUGACAGUGAUGAUUUUUGCGUGAAACAAAAAGAUCCUGGAUCAAAGGAGCGUGAAGAACGUCGCGCUCGAGAUGAAUGCCCAUACCAGAUCAUGCCCAGUGCGCAACUUGUCAAUGGUACAGGAGAGGAGAGUGCUGAUAGUCCGCAGUUACCAGGAUAUCUUGGUUCUUAUGGAGUCGAUUGCAAGCAGAUACCAGAGUACAUGCGCCUUUCAUCAGACGCAUAUGAAAAAGUGAAAAAAUUACGUCGCGAUGUGCCUGAAAUAUCACCUGCAGCUACACGAGUAUCGCAUUACCCGCAUAUACCGGAAACAGCCAUGGAGUCUUGUUUGAAUCCACCACCACAAGCCUCUGGACCUUGUGCUCCGCUUAAAGAGGAAGAUGUAGCGUUUGCCUGCUCACACAUUGACCCUAUUAAACCAUGCUGCGAGCCAGAUAAAAGAAAAACUUAAUA